AUGAAGGCCGUUGUUUACACACAAAAUGGGACUGUUGAAGUUUUAGACCGUCCUAAGCCAACGAUACAAGAGCACACUGACGCGGUCGUGCGAAUGCUACAUGCAUCUAUCUGUGGCACAGAUCUUCAUAUCCUCAAAGGUGAUAUACCAACUGCGAAACCGGGUCUUAUCAUGGGCCAUGAGGGUGUCGGGAUCAUCGAAGCAUUGGGAUCCGCCGUUCAGGGAUUUCAGGCGGGCGACCGGGUCAUCAUUUCCUGGUGGACUCUAGGCCACCAGGUCGAUGGAACACAGGCUGAAUUUGUCCGUGUUCCUCACGCCACACUAUCGCUCCAUCCCUUGGACUCCUCUGUAGACACGCGUGCUGCAGUUUCCCUUUCAGACGCCCUGCCAACAGGUUUUGAGUGCGGUGUGCGUAAUGCCGGAAUCAGUCCGACAGGCUCAGUGGUUAUUGUGGGCGCAGGCCCUGUGGGCAUGGCAGCCCUCCUCACGACCUGCCUCAUAAAACCUGCCUUGAUUGUUAUGGUCGACCUGGAUGAUGCGCGCUUAGAGACAGCACGCACCAUGGGCGCACACCAUACAGUUAACUCUGCAGCUCCAGACGCAAUACAACAGCUGCUGAAUCUGACUGAGAAUAAAGGAUUUGACUCUGUCAUCGAGGCGGUAGGCAUUCCAGCUACAUUCGAAAUGUGUCAGGAACUGGUUGCCGUUGGCGGACAGAUUGCAAACAUGGGAGUACACGGCGUGAAAGUGGAUUUACACAUGGAGAAGCUCUGGGAUCGAAACAUCAGUUCGUGA